AUGUCGCGCGUCUACGCCGAUGUCAACGAGCACAUGCCACGGUCCUACUGGGACUAUGACAGUGUGAAUAUUUCAUGGGGCGUUCUCGAGAACUAUGAAAUUGUUCGCAAAAUUGGUCGAGGAAAGUACUCUGAGGUCUUUGAGGGUAUCAACGUAGUCAACUACCAAAAAUGCGUCAUCAAGGUCUUGAAGCCAGUCAAGAAGAAGAAGAUCAAGCGAGAGAUCAAGAUUCUCCAAAAUCUUGCCGGUGGCCCCAAUGUUGUCGCACUGCUUGACGUUGUUCGGGACAACCAGAGCAAGACCCCGAGCUUGGUCUUUGAAGCCGUGAAUAACACGGACUUCCGCACCUUGUACCCUCGCUUCACCGACUACGAUGUCCGCUUCUACAUUUUCGAGCUCCUGAAGGCCCUGGAUUUCUGUCACAGCAAGGGCAUCAUGCACCGUGAUGUCAAGCCCCACAAUGUGAUGAUUGACCAUGAGAAGCGCAAGCUGCGCCUGAUCGAUUGGGGUCUUGCCGAAUUCUACCACAAGGGUACUGAGUACAACGUUCGUGUCGCAUCACGUUAUUUCAAGGGCCCUGAACUGCUUGUCGACUUCCAGGAGUACGACUACUCUCUCGACAUGUGGUCGCUCGGCGCCAUGUUCGCCUCCAUGAUCUUCCGUAAGGAGCCAUUCUUCCACGGAAACAGCAACUCGGACCAACUUGUCAAGAUCGCGAAGGUUCUCGGAACCGAGGAACUCUUCGAGUACCUGGACAAGUACGACAUCGAGCUGGAUCCGCAAUACGACGAUAUUUUGUCUCGAUUCCCUCGCAAGCCGUGGCACUCUUUCGUCACAGCUGAGAAUCAGCGCUUUGUCAGCGACGAGGCCAUUGACUUCCUCGAUAAGCUGCUUCGCUACGAUCAUGCUGAACGCCUGACUGCUCAAGAGGCUAUGGCUCACGCCUACUUUGAUCCGGUCCGCGCCGAUGCUCAGAACAAUGCUGCUGCCCAGUCUUAA